AUGGCUAGUCCAUUCGGUGUCUUGGUUUGUCUACUCAUAGUGCUACCACAAAUCCUUGCUAUUUCUAGCCCCAUCGAUGAGAUUGCACCUCUUAAGACAUGUCAGUUCCCUUGUAUGAUCGAGGUUAACUUGCACUUGUUCUUGCACCAAUUCGUCGACGGGCCAAACAACCCAAACCGCAAUGAGGAAACCUUACUCCAAGCAAGUUUUCCUUUUGGGUUUGGGACGACGAUAGUCCAUGACUGGACUCUUACCGAGACAACAAAUUCCAGAGACACGGUUGUUGCACGUGUACAAGGUGUGCAUGUCCAGGCAUGUUUAACCAAGCCUAACAGAUGGUACACAACUCAUAACAUAGAGUUUCAGCAAGGAAGGCUUGCGGGGUCCACCCUUCAAGUGAUGGGUAUAACCGCAGGUUUGGAAAGUGGGCAGUGGUCUAUUGUCGGUGGAACUGGUCAAUUCAUUAUGGCACAGGGUAUAAUAAGUUUCACAAAUCAUCCAGCCUCUACUUUUGAAGAUGGUAUUAAAGAACUCAAUAUUCGUGUACGCUUCACAAGGGAUAUUACACAAGCCGCUUGA